AAAACUUUUGACAAAUCUGCAAAUGUGUCAAAUUGUUCUUUAAGUGACUUAGUCGUCGUGCUCGUGAUACUCGUUAAUAAUAAUAACAAUUGUAGGAAUAAAAAUAAAACUUUGGACCUUUAAAGUAUUAAUUAUAAUGUCCAUAAAUCAUGAUGACAAAUUGCCGGAAGUAGUCGCAGGAUUAGAAAUGCUCACAGUAGCAAAUGGAGUUCCUUCAACCCCAACUAUUUCAAGAAGAGUACUUCGAAAAAGAGCAUCGAAGAAUUAUGUUUCCAAUCCCCAAGGAUUAAAUCGAAGAUGCAGCCAGAGACCAAAGAAGAGGACCUUCAGCGAAAUGGAGAGCGAGGAAGACGUGAAGGUUUACUACCUGGACAAAUCAGUAAAAAGGUCGCCCAACACUCUUGAAACCAUCUUCGAGGAAGAUGAGAAAACGAGUGACGACUCUCACUCCCAGCAGCCGCAAAUGAGCGCAAAGCGAUUCAAGAGAACGAUAAAUUUCCAGACAAAACCGAGCGACACCAAGCAAAAGAAGAGACGCUUAAAAAUUAAAAAAGCCUUCGGUUCGAAAUUUUUCAGGCCACGACGAAUGGACAUAAAGGAUGUCUUGAAAAAAUUAGAACUCAUUCGAUCAAGUUCGCCGGUGGAGGUGGAACGCGAGGAACGUGUCGCGUGAAUUUUUCAAUUAUCUCUCAUAAUUUUAAGGCAAUUUAAGUAAGCAUUUAAGAAAUAACUUUUUUAUAAUGUCAAUUAUUAUUAUUUUUUUUUUUUUCUAUUAAAAUGUGAUAAUAAUUAUUUUCUAAUCUGCUCAAAAAUCUUGAGAGAGAGAGAGAGAGAGAAGGCCAAGAUUUAUAAAUUGUUCCGUUUCUUCACGAUCUCUUUCUAUUCUUUUCUAGGAAAACAACACAAAUGUACAGUUUCAUGCAGCACAGUAAAACAAUAAGUUGCAAUAUCACCAA